AUGGUAACUAUUGAAGAAGUUAAAGAAGACGCUGGUGAAAGAAAUGCCGGCUUAGCUUUGUACCUUCGGAAAAAUAUUCGUCAACAAAGGGAGGCUAGAGAAGCGGAAGAAGCGGGGAGAGAGCAGAUCGUUGCUGAGCAAGAAGAGCCAAGACCUGGAUCUGUUGAAGAAAUGAGGGAAGGUCUCGAAGAUCAAAGAAGGCCAGAAGAUGAAGAGAAUGUAUCGGAAUCGGGAUCCCAGAGACAAGAUCCUAACAUCAGAAUUGAUCAGAAUCGAGUUCUAAAUGAUUUGGAUAUGGAUGAGACGGAUAUGGAUAUGGAUAAUGUAGAUGAUGUGAUCGUUGAAUCCGAAAACGACGACAACAGCAACAUCCGUCAUAUGCAGAACGAUGAAGACUUGGACAAUUCAGACAUGAUUCUACUUGUCAGAGUGGCUCCAACUGCCAGACAAAAUGCCACUGAUUGGGAGGCUCUUGGUUUCUCGCCAGAUGAUGUGGAGGAUGAGAAUGAUGAAAGCCACUAG